AUGAUUGAUGAUAAUAAUAAUACUGAUUAUGCUCCCGAGACAGAGUUGCCCCAUUUGGCCCAUCAGGACGUGGUGAACAGAAUGAUCUUUCUGACCCAUCCUCACAACGAGCGUUGGAUAACAUAUAUUAUGACAUUUUCGGACUCCACGGUUGCCGAGAGAGAGCCGAGCGAGGAGCGAGAAGACGAGAAACUAAUGCAGUCUUUUCUGGCGCCUCUUUUAACAUUCUUCUUGCCACGUGCUAGGAUGGGCUACUCACUCUUGCAAUGCUGA